ACUUGUGUAUUUAUUACUGCUCGUCACGGCCAGUGUUGUGUAAAAUUGCAUUGCUCUAGGAAAAUGUAAAUUGUUAUAUUACUAUUUUAAUGUGAUCGAAAAAUCAAGAUUUUAUUUAAUAGUUUUAACCUCGAAAGAUAGCGGAACAUCGUGUUCACAAUGAUUUGACUCCUUUGUCAGAAAGUUUUUCUUGUUAUUUACCUUUUGUUUACUUCUACUUUCGUCAAAAUGACAUAGUAUUAACAGUUAGCAACCGCUGUUAUUUCAUCAAUAUAAAACUAUUUUAUUUGAAAACGUUGAAAAGUUAAAAUAUUGAACAUGUCGUUAUCGAAUGAAAAUCAGAAUCCUGUUAUUUCUCAAGGGUUUUGCUGUGAUAAUUAUUGCAAUUCUGUGAUUACCUACAACACAAACGACCCAUUCGUUGUCUGCGCAAAAUGUGGACGAAAGCAAGAAAGCAGUUCUCUGAAAAGUAUGGAGCAAACUGCAUCUCCGAAAGAGUUACUUACGAAUAUUAUAGUUCAAAGAAUUCAGUUAAAUAGGCCUCGCGGGUCGGAGAUGUUAAAAGUCCUGGGAUUAUCUAACUUUUACUGCAAAAUGUUGUCCCCGCUGUUAACAAGAUAUGGGAUGGACAAAGGAACUGGGAAAGCGAAACUUCUAACGGAGAUGAACCAAGGCGAAAUUUUCGAUUGCAGUUUGUUUGGCGACAGAGCUUUUUUAAUCGAACCAGAGCAUGUAUCCAUUUCUGGUUAUGGUAGGGAUGAUACUGGCAGCAUGAUUUAUUUGGCUGAAACAUUGAAACUCAUUAAAGCAGCUAAUGGAAAUGAAGAGCGCCUCGUCCCAAUUUAUACAGAUGGAGAUGGUCAUUGUCUUGUUCAUGCAAUUUCUCGUGCAUUGGUUGGAAGGGAGUUAUUUUGGCACCCAUUAAGAUGUUGUUUGAAGAAACAUUUCCAGGCUAACUUGAUGAAAUACAAGGAGCUGUUUAAAGAUUUUGUUGAUAGUGAUGAAUGGGAUUCAAUAAUAAAUGAAUGUGAUCCUGAUUUCAAGCCGCCAGAAGGGGAAUUUCAUGGUUUGAGAAACAUUCAUAUAUUUGGUUUUGCUAAUAUUUUAAGAAGACCUAUUAUUCUGUUAGAUUCAUAUGAAUGCAUGAAAAAGAGUGCUGAUUAUUCUGCUAUAUUUCUUCCAUGUUUAGUCGAUCCUGAUGAUUGUAAAAGCAAAGAUGGUUCGCUGAACAAGCCAAUUUGUAUAGCCUGGAGCAGUUUCAGCCAUAACCAUUACAUUCCAUUAGUUGGAAUCAAAAAUAGACCACUUCCUGUCCUUCCUUCUGCUUUGGUCCCAACAGUUUGGGGACUUCCUCAAAACUUAAGUGGCCGGUACAUAGAAUUUGAAAAUGGAAACUGUACCAUAGGUGGUGGAAGACCUCUAAGUGAUGCAUAUAUUCAUCGUUUAGUCGGCGCUAUGGAAGUUUUGUUUUGUGAAAAAAGUGGAGUGCAUCCAUCCCUAGUGUAUGAUUUCAAGCAUAAUUUAUGUCAAAAUUUUUUUCCAAAUGCAGAUUUGUCAGCUAUCAUAGCAAGGACGAGAUCAGCUGUAGAAGAAGGACGUCUCUACCGCUGCACAUUUUGUGAGUCAUUAUGUGAAUGGCAAAUUCCCCAAGAUUGGCUUAGAUAUGGUGGAAUUCUUUAUAACCAAGCUCUUUGCAAAUAUGGCACAUUAAGACCAGGAGAAACUUAUGAAUUGAAUGCACAAGUAAAUCAGCUUUGUAAUCUGGUCUUAACUAUCAAGUGCAAGUAUGAUGCUGCUGCAAAUAAACUAGUUCUUCAGAUGAAUGAAACAAGACCAGAACAGUGCCCUCAAUGUGGAAGCUAUCUGAAAAGAUUGAAGUAUGAUGGAUCUACUGUAGGUGGUGCAAUCCAGGAAGAGCCAAGUAAUCUUUCAAAAGCGGAGGAAGUAUCUACAUCUUAUGUUGAUCAAAGUGAAAGUAGAAAAAAAUUUGAUUAUGAUGCGAAACGCAUGGAAGAUACAACUCCUUUGCCUGAAGCUAAUCCAGAAAGAGAGGAGUUAAUUAAACGUGUUUCUGAUCUUGGAGAAAAUAUAAUACAGAAGCAUCUUCCAGAUGAAGCAGCAAAUAAGUACUUAUGGAAUGUUGUGUGUAAAGAAAUUCAUUCUUUGAUUGGCAUAAUUGAAGCUAGUGCAGCAGAAGCUGGUUCUUCUAACAGCAGUAACUAUGAUAAAAGCAAUUCUGAAAAACUGAAGAAGAAACUGAAUGAAAUUAAAAAUAAUGAAAUUCAGCGUGAACAGAUAUCUGUCACUGAACCUCAGUAUGUAAAAGUGUGUACUUCCCAUGGAGACCAGGCUAAUCUGGCGCUACAUGGAAAAAGCAUUUCCUACCCCCAGUUGCAAGAAUGGAUUAAAAAUCAGUUCAAAAUUCCUGUAUCAAGACAGAGAAUAAAGCAUGGAUUUCCGCCCAAGGUGCUUCAACCUUCUGGCUCCAACAAUCAAACUUUACCUCUUAAGCAUGGAGAUCGUUUAACUGUUGAAAUCCUUCAGAAAGGCGAAGAAGAUUUGAACAUUGAAAACAGCAUGAGUCAAGAAAGUAAUCGUAGUAUAUUCGGAUCCCGGUAUUCUGGACGAAUUGAAGAUUUCCAGUAUGGAUUGAUUUGGUCACAUGCAAUAAUGAAUCCACAUGAUUUUGAAAAGGGUGGAAUGUAUUAUGAAACAAUAGCCCAAUCUACAAUGUUGCACAUUAAAACACAUGCAGAUUUGAAAGAUUUUCCUAAUAAGAGAUUUUGUUACAAUCCUGUUGGGGACAGAAUUGAAAUAUGCAUCAAGUCCUUGGGCCAUUUUCGUAUUGUGCCAGAUCUGGAACAUAGGAUUGAUAGAGUAAAACAUAAUGAUACUUCUGUUGAAGGAUUCAGCAAGUGCCCACUUACGAGUAGCCAAAAAGAACAGAAGUCAAAUAAAAAUCCUGGAAGGACAAUACCAUCUCCCAAUGCUGAGACAAAAGAGAUUCCAUAUCUGCGGAAAGGACCGGGUUUCUCCAUUUUGACUAGUCCAAAACCAUCUGAUGUUGAGAAAAUGGAUAUUAAUUAGUAUUUUUGUAAUAAAUGUUAAUAUGUACAAAAGCUUUAAAUCUUCUGUUAUAUUUUUGACUGUAGCUAAAUUCAUUAUUAUCUCAAACAUUUACGUAUUUUUGAUUUUGUUUUUCUCAUUUUUAUAUGGAAAAGAUUUAGUGAUAUUUUUCAAUAGAGUAUAUAUAUUGUAGAUAUUUUUAAUAUUUAUUGUUAUGCUCCUAAACCGUGAGAUUUUUGCAAAAGAAAUAUUUUAGGGACUGUAAGUUAAUCACUUAUUGGGUUGUCUUGUAAUCAAUAGAUAUUAGAAAGACAACUCAUAAGCUCAAUUUAACUUUAGUUUAAGCCCAAAAAUCAAGCUAUAAAUCAUAUCCUUCAAAAACACUCACUAAAAGAAUGAGAAAAACCAUUGAUAAAUAACUUCUAUGCGCAUGCAGAGAAGUAAAUCAACGAAACAACAACAUGAUAAUGUUAGCUAUUUAGCUCCUAUUUGAAGAAGUUUUUCUUUUCACUACAAUUAAAUGAGGAAUUUGAAUCCAAUAAAUUAAAGUGUAAUUUUCACUUGAAACACAAAGUGGGGAAAAAAAAAGUUGCUUAACGAGUAAAAUGAUAGAAUUAUAAGGGAUGAAUUGUGCAUUGAUAAGAUUUUAAACCUCUAACAUGUCUAAGUAGUAAAUGUAAAAAUGCUACUUCGUAAAAUAAGACUAAUAUACAAAAUAAUACCUUUGGAUUAAAAUCAUUAAGGUGCAUUUCAAUCCUUAUAUUUUCAUUUAACUAAUAAAUUAUCAUAGCAAUACAGCAAAAAAAAAAAAGGAAGAAAAAAGGAAAAAAAUGAAACUUGGAACUGUUUGCUGUUGGAAGUAAAAUUCAUAUUUUUUUGGUAUGGCUCAUAUUUAAAGAGCACCUUGGUGGAUGAAUAGUAAUUAAUUCAAGAUAAUCAUCUUACUAGGAAACAUUUUGUGAAAAUUAUAUUAGUAGAAUCAUUGCUUACUUACAUGCAUUACAAGAAAAAUCAAGGAGUUAUACACCAUCAAAGUACACAACCAUGAAAACUUGAUUGCCUACAAUAUCACCAAGACACAGUAUAUGGCCUAUUUUUUAUAUUUAGCCCCUAAAACAGUGGUUCUUAAAAAGUGUUCAUUCGCUGCGAGUUUUUGAAAUUUAAGAUUUUCCCUCUAUGCCUUUCUGUAAGCAUAAGUACAGCUAAUCAUAUGGACAAAAAGGUAAAAAAGUUGUGUAACUAACUGCAUUGUAUGGCCUUUAUUUAAAUUGUAAAAGUACUGCAAAAUAUUGCUAAACUUUAAUAUAUGAUUUUAUAAGUUUCUAAUUAUAAAGUUACUGCAAAAUUUCUCUGCACCCCAGAGAAGAUUUCAUGGCUCCCUGGGAAACUAUAGCACUCUGUUUGAG